CCACACCCGCGCUGACACAGUCCCCCUGGAGACCUGGGAGAGAGAACCCUGGUUAUUCUCCAUAAGGUUCUGCACGCAUCAGGACCCCAGAGACUCAGACGCAGCGCCACACACACACACACACACACACACAUAGACACACUGUGUGUUUUGGCAGGGGACAGGAGCGGUGGGCAGGGAGCGGACUUGGAACUGCACAUACCUCCAGACCCAUCCUGUGUAUCAGGGAAACCGCCCUCUGAUCUCUCCAUCAUCAGUCCGUCAUGGGCCAACACAUCAGCAAACCCACUUCCGACAUUUUCCGGAACUCCAAAUUCUUCCCCUCCUCCAAACACAGCUCCUACACCCAGUCCCCCACGGACGAGAACGUGCCGCCUCGACCCAGCAUCUUCGCCACGCUGAGGAAGCCCCCUGUCGUCAAGCCCAAUGAUUUCAUUCCUCUGUUCAAUGACUGCAUCACAGCCGCCUCGGCCAGAACUCAGGAGUACCUCUCCUUCAAAGACCCGGAGGACAAGUUCCACCCGACCCCUGAGGUGCUCACUCAGGUCUUCCUGAUGACCUACAUAACCCAGAGCGUCUGCCUGAACAUGACGGACACCUUCAACUGCACCGCCAUGACACCCGAGCAACGCAUCCUCCUCGGGGCUGACUGGGUCUGGGCCUUGCUGCAGAAGUCCACCAAGAACCCGCGGAUCCAGAUCGCCGUGCAGGUCCUGCACCUGCCGGAGAGGGAGGACGCUGAGGAGAACGGCGUCUCCCCGGAGGCCUUCAGCGAGUCCCUCCUGAUGGCCCAGAAGGAGUCCAGCAACAAGACCAUGUACGAGAGGUUGGUGGACUUCUGCACUUCUAUCGGCAAAGACUGCUACGCCCUCUUCUUGUUCUUGGGGAAGAAAAACGACAAGAGCAACAUCUACGGCGUCCUCAGCAACAAUUUCGAGGCGGCCAUCGGGAAGUGCGACACGAUCGACCGCCCGUUUAUUGAGAACUUCUUCAAAGGUUCACGGUAUCUCCACACACCUUCAGGAAUGAUGCAGGCUAUCGUCACCAAGAAGGAGGGAGAUCCUCUCACUCUCAUGAUUAAAUUCAGCUGAACCAAAAGGACUGACGAUACGAAACCACAGGAAUACACUUGAUGUUAUGUGAGUGUUGAUUAUCUCAAGAUCAUCAACCUCCCGUCGAACUAAAUGUUGAGUUUGAUAAAGUUAGAGGAGUUUGAAAGUUGUUGAUGGAGCCUCUUCCUUCCAUCUGUUUCCUAUUUUCAAAUAGCUUGAACCAAAGACUUUACACAUUUCUACACUGGUGGUCGACAGCACGUGAAAUCAUCCUUUUGAUUUGUGCAAUAACAUAAAGUGAGUUUCACCAAAUCCUUCAGAUUUCUUUCUUCAUCCACAGAAUUAAUAAAUUACAAUGGUUCUGUUCUCUUCAGGUGUGAACCAGCGCCACACCCCUGGAAUAUGCAGCCGAUGAAUUACAGAUGAAUGUUUUAUUAUUUUAUUUGCUCCUUUGCCAAAAUGACAAUGAGUUAAUUAUUCAUUUCAACAUCGUCGCUGUUUAUUCUGUUUUACUGGAAGACUCAAACCUCCAACCACUUUUUUUAAUGUUUCACUGUACAAACUCAUUAUCCGGCUCUGAAACGACUGUUCAUCAUUUUAGAAUCGAUUUUGUUUUUCUCGCUUCUCUUCUGUAACAUAAACAUUCUUAUCUGUCUUCUUUCAAACUGCUGCUUUUAAUUGUCUUCUGUCGUUUACCUUCAAUUCUUCAUUUUCAUCUUGUAAAGCUGUCGUUUAAAUAAAGUUAUUAUUUAUUAACUGAU